CAUUUGGCAACGUACAUCCCUGCGCAGGCGCACUCGUUUUGCUGCAUUAAGUCCUCGGUCCUCUGAAGACUUCUCAUUCGGAUCGAACUCAGUACUGCCAGCAUGGACGAGGAGCCUCUUUCAGCCUUGUGUACCCCUGCUCUGAUGAUCGAUGUGGAGAAAGUAAAGAAAAAUGCCCAAUCUAUGAGGGAACGGUGUGAGAAGCUGGGAGUUCAGCUUCGCCCACACAUGAAGACCCACAAAACCCUUGAGUGUGCUGACAUAAUGACAGGAGGGUCACGGCGGUGCAUUGUGGUUUCCACUCUGGCAGAGGCCGGUUUCUAUGCCGACCAUGGAUUUGAUGACAUCCUCUACGCGUAUUCCCUUCCUUUCGAUAAGGUGGAGCGGUGUGCCAUCUUGUCCGAGAGGCUGGAGCUCUUCCAGGUUUUGCUGGACCACCCCGAAGCUCUGGAGCAGCUCAAAAAGCGACCUUUGACAGACGGUCGACUGUGGCGUGUGUGGUUAAAGUUGGACUGUGGCAACGGGAGAGCCGGCAUCCUCCAUUCAGAACCCGACGCGCUCAAACUCGCGCAGGCCAUUGCCGGGACGCCCGGCGUAGACCUUACAGGGGUGUACGCUCACUGUGGGAACACCUACAACUGCACGGGAGUGAAGGAAAUCCAGGCUGUCGCCAAGGAAACCACCGACCUCACUCUUCAGUUCAUGGAAAGAUUGAAGGCUGUCGGCAUAAGCUGCAAAUCAAGCAUCGGCUCCACGCCUUCCUGUAGUCACCCGGUCCGAGACAUGGCGCAGCUGAGUGAGGUGCACCCAGGAAACUACGUCUUCUACGACGUGCAGCAGUCUUUGAUUGGCUCGUGCAGUUUGGACGACGUGGCCGUGCGCGUUUUGACCAGAGUCAUUGGACAUUGUCCCCACAGGAACCAGCUAUUGAUUGACUGUGGAUGGACCGGUUUAAGUUUGGAUGGUCCUGGCAAACUUCCGACCGGAUAUGCCGUGAUUGAAGGGCAUCCCGACCUCAAGCUUCUGUCUAUGACCCAGGAGCACGGAAGAGUGGAGUCCAUCGUGGGGAAGCUGGAUUACAGCAAGCACCCUCUGGGCUCUCUGCUCACGCUGGUCCCGUACCAUGCGUGUGCUACGGCGGCGAUGCAUCCUGUCUAUCACGUACACAGUCAGGGCAUUCUUCUGGGCAAGUGGACGCCGACGCGCGGCUGGUGAAUAUACAGUGUGUGCUCAUGCCGUGAAUAAACGCUACAUUAAUUAAAUAAUGAUGGAUGACUGUGUAUGUCUUCCGCCAUUGCACUUACAGUGGAACCUCGAUUUACAAACCCCUCUAUUUGCCAACUUUACAAUCUUUUAAGAUCACGCCUCUGUGUGCAAACGCUUUGUUCAUUCAUUCAUUUUGUGUCUCGCUGGCAGCCGUUUUGUGCUCGCUCGUAUUGAAGAGAUUGGGGAAGCAAGUUUUUAAUUGUGAUGAGAAUGGACUUUUCUUUGGAAAAGAUGCCAAAGCGGACUUAUUUUACCGCGGAGAAGACUAUCUCCCUCUUCCAAGAGCACACACACACACACACACACACACGUCACUAGAGAUGUCCGAUAAUAUCGGACUGCCGAUGUUAUCGGCCGAUAAAUGCUUUAAAAUGUAUGUGGAGGUCUUGCUCCUCCGGGUUCUUUGGACCACCAACCACGGACAUGACAGCUGCGUUCAGGGUUUUGAACAGUGUUUUAUUUUUCGAUAAAUUGUCCUUUUUGUCCAUUUCAGCCAUGUCAAAUUUUUCUCUCGCUCUCGCUCACGCUCGUUCUCAUUCUCCACCAUCAACCACCCCCUCUGCUUCCCGACUGCUGCCUUUUAACAGAGCGACAGGUGAUCAGACAAACACUCUCAGACGUGUCGUACACGCACCUGCCGCUGAUCUCGAAGCCGGUCCUGGCACACCCCGCUUCGCUGCAGGUCCGCAGGCCACGCCCCCCCCACAAUGUAAUAUUGGAAAUUAUCGGUUUCAAAAAGUAAAAUUUAUGACUUUUUAAAACGCCACUGUACGGAGUGGUACACGGACGUAGGGAGAAGUACAGAGCAGUUGCGUCUCCCAGUCAUACUUGCCAACCCUCCCGAUUUUCCCGGGAGACUCCCGAAUUUCAGUGCCCCUCCUGAAAAUCUCCCGGGGCAACCAUUCUCCCGAAUUUCUCCCGAUUUCCACCCAGUCAACAAUAUUGGGUGCCGGCCCAUUCAUAUAAUAUCUACGGCUUUUCACACACACAAGUGAAUGCAAGGCAUACUUGGUCAACAGCCAUACAGGUCACACUGAGGGUGGCCGUAUAAACAACUUUAACACUGUUACAAACAUGCGCCACACUGUGAACCCACACCAAACAAGAAUGACAAACACAUUUCAGGAGAACAUCCGCACCGUAACACAACAUAAACACAACAGAACAAAUACCCAGAACCCCUUGCAGCACUAACUCUUCUGGGACGAUACAAUAUACACCCACCGCUACCCCUAACCCCGCCCACCUCAACCUCCUCAUGCUCUCUCAGGGAGAGCAUGUCCCAAAUUCCAAGCUGCUGUUUUGAGGCAUGUUAAAAAAAAAAUGCACUUUUGUGACUUCAAUAAUAAAUAUGGCAGUGCCAUGUUGGCAUUUUUUUUUCCAUAACUUGAGUUGAUUUAUUUUGGAAAACCUUGUUACAUUGUUUAAUGCAUCCAGCGGGGUAUCACAACAAAAUUAGGCAUAAUAAUGUGUUAAUUCCAUGACUGUAUAUAUCGGUAUCGGUUGAUAUCGGAAUCGGUAAUUAAGAGUUGGACAAUAUCGGAUAUCGGCAGAAAAAGCCAUUAUCGGACAUCUCUAGUUAUGGGUUAUACUUAUAUAGCGCUUUUCUACCUUCAAGGUACUCAAAGCGCUUUGACACUAUUUCCACGUUCACCCAUUCACACACACAUUCACACAAACAUUCACAUACUGAUGGCGGGCGCUGCCAUGCAAGGCGCUAACCACGACCCAUCAGGAGCAAGGGUGAAGUGUCUUGCUCUAGGUUGGUAGAAGCUGGGGAUCGAACCAGGAACCCUCAGGUUGCUGGUACGACCAUACUGAUGUACUGUAAGUAGAUUUUUACUUUUUUAAAUGUUUAUUAUUGCAGCAAUAUUUUUUUAAAGGUAAGGAUUUUUGCGAUUUCUGAUCGUUUGUUAGGGCACUAAAGGGACUUACCGGUAUGUGUGUGUGUGUGUGCGCGCUUAGGCAGAGCAGAGCGUACAGCACAGUUGAGCUUGUCCUUGUUGUUUUAGCUUGUCAAUAAAGAGAUAGUUGAUCCAUCACCUCAUUUUUAUGUUUUUUUGCUGUACAGCACUGUAUAGCACUUUAUAUUGUGUACAAACCUUCACUAAAAUAGAGACUUUUUUCAAGCCCGGAACCGAUAAUUUGUGUUUACAUUGUUUCUUACGGAGAAUUUUGUUUCACUUUACAAACUUUCUUGUGUACGAACCCUGUUCAAGAAUCAAUUAAGUUCCUAAAUUGAGGUUCCACUGUAUUAGCAGACACCUUAAUUUAAUAAUGAUUUUGUUGUCCUUGAUUGCUUUUAAAUCUAAACUGAGAGCAUUUGAAGGAGCCUCAGUUAUCUGUAACUGUUUGACUUGAUGUCCAUCCUGUAAUGUGAAUGUCAUUUUAAUGUGUAACUCUGCUGCCUCUUGGCCAGGACUCAAUGGGUUAAAUACAGGUUAAAUAAAUAAAAAAAUCAUGUAUGUACUAGCAAAGCAAUUCAUAAUGCAUCAAAUAAAAUACACAUAUGUACAUGUUAAAUAAUGCAAUUUUAAAUAUUAAAUGUCAAUGUUUUUAUUUCUGUAUUGCAGUACUAAUACAUAUCUCAGUAUUUGUUCAUGAUUUAAUAGUAUCAAUUAUGGACAUUAUUUUCUACAUCCUCACAUUUCAGCAACUGUUUGUACAUUUUCUCAGGGGACAAUUCUACAGAAAUGAAACAUGGCUAUACACUAUAUUGCCAAAAGUAUUUGGCCACCCAUCCAAACGAUGAGAAUCAGGUGCCCUAAUCACUUGGCCCGGUGUAUAAAAUCAAGCACUUAGGCAUGGAGACUGUUUCUACAAACAUUUGUGAAAGAAUGGGCCGCUUUUAGUGAUAUCCAGCGUGGAACUGUCAUAGGAUGCAACAAAUCCAGUCGAGAAAUGUCCUCGCUCCUAAAUAUUCCAAAGU